AUGAAUCCCAGAAAGCUGGGAUGCGAGAGAAUGGUAACAAAUUAUGCGUUGUACGUAUUAAAAUGCGAGUGCUUCUACAGUAUGGCGAGUACGGUAACAUGAACACCGUGUUCCUCAAUGCAAUGCAACCCGGCGAUCGGUUCAUUGUCGACGGAACCGUUUCUACGAGCCCUGGAACGUAAAGCAGUUUAUUUGAAAGAUUCAAUGAGUCCGAGUUCAGAAUAAGCAUCAACUUGGCUAUUAUCAACGUCACAAACGACAUUGCAAUCCAUUUCCGAAAUGAUAUCAACACGAGGCCCACCACCAUUUACGACGCGUUCAUCAACGGAAGAUGGACGGGUCAGGAGUUCGCUCCGCAGCCGUUCCGGGCUGGACAGCCCUAUAAUGUCGCUUUCGUGUAAGUGCGCUCAUCGAAUUUACUCUCCCCAAUAUUCGUGACUUCCAGAUACGCCGGCCUCACGGUCGAUGUGAUCUUCAACCAGAUUCCCAUCUACACGUUCCGUCUCAGAACUCCCAGUUGGUACCCGAUCGGCGUGGCCCACGUGUCCGGCAGCCACACGACCAAUUACAUCGAGCUGCAGUGCAAGAACCCGCCGACGAGUGCACCGCCUAUGAGAGGAAAUCAUGGUCAUGGUCAUGGUCAUGGACACGGCAAAGAUUCCUCUUCGGACAGCAGUGAGGAGUGCGAAGAUUGAUUGUGAGAACAAUAAACUUGUGUAUUGGUUUCGAUUCCACCCAUUACAAAUGUAACUUGGUACUUGUUCUGAGCAAUUGUCAUAUGAGUUUGAAGAUUUGUAAACACAACUAAUGUGACCCCAGUUAGCAUCCAUUCCCACAAUACUUUCCAAUAUCAUCAAUUCCCCGUUAUCAACAUGAGAUAGAUAUUCGGAAUCUUCGUUUGCGGUCUCCUCGCCGGACAAACUGUGAGCCAAGAGACUUCGACAAUAAGGUAUGGAUCCAAUGAUGUUGCACAUGUGCUUUAUAACUCUGUUUUCAGCGCCCGUGUCCGGGCAACAAGUAAGCUGCUUCUACAUGCCCGAUGAUUUCGUCACAUCGGGAGUAGCUUAUUUGGCAUAGUACACCGUCUCACGCAGGUCAGAGGUAGUGUCUGAAUACUCUCUGCGACCGGGCGGCUCCAACCUUGGCUUAGCAGGUCAUAAUGGAGUAAAAAGAGACACAACACUGCUCUAAACAGCAACACCACCAGCCUCAGUCCUCCGCACUCGGCCACUGCUUCUGCUCAGGCAGAUCCAGAAGCAAGUCGAGAGAGGCGAUCCAAUCUCGGAGUACCCUCAGUCUGCCAUUCGGUACGGAGCAAGAUCACCCGGCCUAAAACAAGAAGAACCGAUCUGCGAGUCUGCACCUUCAACUGCAGGUCAGUAGCCACUGACAGCCGACUCAUGGAGCUUCUCGUUGAGACAAAUCGGAUCAAGUACGAUGUCAUCGGACUUUCCGAAACAAAACGAGAAACCGAAGUCUUCCGUGUCAGGAGGUGUCGGCUUCAUAGUCUCGAGCCACCUGCUCCCAAAAGUCACUGAGAUCAAGUUCAUCAACCACCGGAUCGGCUCCCUUACUCUCAAAGUAGGGAAACGAUUCAGCUGCACAAUCUUCCAGGUGUACGCACCAGUAGCUGAUUCGGAUCCAGAAGAACUUGCCGACUUCUAUGACUGCAUUGAAGACGCCUACUUGUCCUGCCGCAGCAAGUACAAGCUCAUCAUCGGCGACUUUAAUGCGCGAAUGGGCGCAAGAAAACACACGGAGCGGUUCAUUGGCACGAACGCAAUGGAACCGCGAAACGAAAGUGGCGAACUCUUAGCUACCUUUUGUGAAUCGAAUCGUCUGUGGCACAUGAACUCACAAUUCAAAAAGCCGCUCAACAGACGAUGGACACUACUCGACAACUUCUAGAAAAACGGAGAUUUAUGGACAGAUCAGACGCCAACUUCAAGUCGCUGUCAAUAAAAUGCCGAGAAAAGGUCGAGAAAGACCACGAAGAGUUCGCCAGUUCCCGCUUUCUGAGCGCCGCUAAUCAAGGGAGAAGCCUGAAAAGGGUGGCAAGGGACAUUCAAGAAUACAAGUCCUUCAUCCCCUGCCUCAAAUCUCCGACGACCGGCGGAAGAAACACUUCAAGGACAAAGAUGGAGCAGGAGAUCCAACAGUUCUACCGGAAACUAUUCAGUAGUCAACGGCCUCCUCCCGUACUCACAGUACCCAUCACAACAGAAACACCACCACCGUUUCUCCUCGAAGAAGUCCGUGCUGCUAUCCACUCAUUUCCGAGCGGGAAAGCAGCGGGUGAUGACAAAAUCACGGCAGACCUUCUCAAAAGCUGCCACGAUAAUGUUAUCUCCCUCAUAACGGUGAGAUUCUCAGAAUACCUCAGAAGCGGAAGAGUUCCAAAACAAUGGAAAACGUCUAACACCACCCUGAUCUUCAAAAAAGGAGACAGGGAAAAUUUGGAGAACUACAGGCCGAUCUGCCUCCUCCCCGUCCUAUAUAAAGCAUUCUCUAAAUGUGUGCCUCCGAAGGCAAGCGAUAGAUCCGGCCUACAUCAACCUACUCAAAGAGUGCUAUACCAACUGCAGCACAGCAUUCACACCCUUCCACCGACCUGUGACGGUCCCAAUCACGAGAGGAGUGCGGCAAGGCGAUCCUAUCUCGCCAAACUUGUUCUCGGCCUGCCUAGAACUAGUCUUCAGCCAAAUGUCCUGGAACCAUCUGAAAGGGCACGACGAGGACCACGCGACAAACCCUGGAAUCAGAAUCAACGGCAGAAAUCUAACGCAUCUAAGAUUUGCAGAUGAUAUUGUCCUAGCGGCAAAUCAUCCAAAUACUGCCAGAGAGAUGAUCCAGGACCUAGUGGAAAGGUGUGCAAAAGUAGGUCUCCAAAUCAAUACUAACAAAACCAAAGUGUUGCGAAACACAUUUGCCACCGACCAUCCGGUCUGCAUCAAAAUUGGCGCAACCACCACCACCGCCAUCGACGAUGUCAACGAGUACAUCUACUUAGGUAGACUACUCAACACACGGAACGAAUUGGAGCCGGAGCUCCAUAGAAGACGACGAGCAGCGUGGGCGGCAUUUAACGGAAUCAAGAACACCACGGAUGCCCUCACCUGCCCCAAAAUCCGUGCCAGACUCUUCGACUCGAUCGUCCUCCCGGCGCUCGCCUACGGCUCUGAAACGUGGACCUUUACGAAGGCACUGGCUGAAAGAGUGCUAGUAACCCACGCGUCAUUGGAAAGGAGACUCGUCGGGCUGUCGCUCUCCCAGCAAAGAGAGAGAGAAAUCUCCAUCGAAAAGACAUCCGACGCCUAUCCGGCGUCCGCGACCCUCUACUCCACAUCAAAAAGAGGAAGUUAGGCUGGGCCGGACACGUGGCACGAAGGACAGACAACCAGUGGACUACUCUGACGCAAGAAUGGAUCCCAAGAGACACAAAGCGACCGGUCGGCAGACCGCCGAUGAGAUGGAUCUACGCCCUCAACAAAGAAGUCACCAUCCGACAAGGAAACCGAGUGGUACCAUGGAGCACCAUUGCCAAAGAUCGGAAGGCGUGGUGUGCUGUGAUCCGCGCCCACACAACGUGA